AAGUCGUUCAACAACCACUUUUAUUAUUAAGUUUGAGUAUCUACUAGACUUUGACUUGUGCAGAUGAUUGUAUGCACUUACGUAUGUUUGCCAUAUUAUAAGAUUCCAUUCCUUCUGUCGUGUCGUGUCGUGACCGUGGUUUGUAGUAAUAAUUAUUAAUCAUAUGAAAUACUAUAGACUGUUAUUAACAGGUUUUGUGUAAUUAUUACCUAAAUAUAUUUAUUACUGAGAAUAUGCAAGUUUUGUAUUUUCUCUCUUUUGGGGAAGAUUCUGGAUUUGCUCGAAUGGUGUUAAACGAUCCACACAGUAAUAUUAUCCAUACAGAGUGAAAUGCGUAAGAAGAUCCGAACAAUCUCACCAGCACAUCACGCGCACCAAAUCACUGUUUUUAACAUAAUUCCGGGUAUCACAAUUAGCAUAAGCAAAGCAGGAUAUUAAACAAUUUCAUAAGCUUCUUUCCCUGACAUGAUACGAAUUAAGAUUCACUUGCUAAAAGAUAAGGGAAAGCACGUGGCUUUCCUGAUUUUGUCCAUGAUAACAAUAAUUGACUCUUCAGUUGUCAAUGUCUGUAAUAAUGAUACAAACAUGUGGCCAGACUUUUCUGCGGGCUACAAUUUUUCAUAUGGAUCUACACAGUUUCAGCUAAAUUGUUCUUUCAUGGAUGUCAUAGAAGUGCAUACACUUCCCUACAACAUGUCUGACGGACAAAACCCAAUAUCUGAGGAUGGACAUUUGCAUUAUGAAUUUCAAGAGUACAAACCGCAGAAAUAUUGCAUACACAAUAUUACAGAGGACGACAUAGAGUUUCAAAUAUGUCAAAAUAAACGUUGGGAAAAAGCUUGUGGGGCUGAACCCUGUAUCAGAAAAUGCUGCCCACCAAACGCCGUUUUUACACUCGAGGACGAUGGAGGUUUUAAAUGCAUAAAUUCUACCAGUAUUUGGGAACCGACUAUUUAUGAGAACGAAGACGAGGACACAAUCAUUUCCGAAGAUAUGAAUACAACAUUUAAUCCCAUCCGGUUUAUUUCAAGUCAUCCCAAAGAAGGAUGGUGUAAAGAAUUUGGGCCAUACAUUUUGGACUCGAUGGAAUUCGAGGGCAGCAAAUAUUUGAUCCGGAUUUUAAGCAAUGGAAAUGUGAUUGUUAAAAAUCAUCAACUUCAACCCUGGAGAGUCUUAUCUCAUGGAAGUUUUUGUAUUGAUGGAAUUAAAAGAGAUGCAUCAAAUAUUGUGGAUUCGAAAAAUGACGCUAUUGUGGUAGACUGUUCUCCACCGGAUGUAGAAGAUAUGGUCGAGGAACCAGUGUACUUUGUCUUCCAAGCCAUUGCAUGCUGCUUUCUAAUUUUGACAGUGUCGGUGUACCUCAUCCUUUCAGAAAGGCAAAAUAUCCACAGCUGGACAUUGCUAUCUUACGCAAUUUCUAUGUUGUGUCUGCAUCUGUCUGUAUUUGCUAUAUACGCGCAUAAUGAGAAGGUAGCUUUAAGCGAUUCCAGUGACUGGGUGUGCACAUCUUUGGCAAUUGUCUCUCAUUUUCUGUACCUGUCAACAUUCUGCUGGCUAACAUUAAUUAAUUUCGAUGUAUAUUGGACGUUUAAUAACUUGACAUUGACCACUGCAAGAUCAAAGCGGAAACAGAGAUUUAUUUUCUACUUACUCUUCGCAUUUCUCGUCCCCUCUGCCGUUUUACUGUUUGGCUUUGCGCUGAAAAAAUUAUUCACUGGAAAAUUGGACGCAACCGCAAUCUACCUAGAAUACUCUGUCCUUCACUGUUAUAUUAAUGAUUCUUCAGCUUUGUUCUUCAAGUUUGUCCCCGUCGCGAUUUUGCUAGGGUGCAACGUCGCCUUGUUUGUAAUUACUGUAAUCACCCUCUACAAAAUUGGGGAAAGUACAAAGUUUGCAACUAACAAGAGUUCGCAGAAUGACACGGAAAAAUCCAAGUUUUUGCUCUUUGUCAAGCUUUUUUUCGUCAUGGGACUAAUCUGGAUACUGGAACUUGUGUCGUACUUCGCAUUUGGGAGAGCAUCAAGCAACCCGGUUGCCUAUGUUUUAGAUGUCAUCAACAUUCUGCAACCUGUCGCCAUAUUUGUCAUUUUUGUUUGCAAGGCGGAUAUUUUUAGAGGACUUCAAGUAAAGCUACCUUGCCUUCGAUGUCUGUUCCAGUUAUUGGGUUUGCAAUUUCUUCGUUCUCGAAUUGGGAGUGGCCUAAGCUCGACGAGUGUGACGACGCAGAUUUCUACCAGCUCCACUAGAAGCACUGCUGGGGAAAAUCCCGGAAAUAACGUCAGCUUUGAAAUGAAAUGAUGCUAAAAUCUGCAUCAUUCAUGAAAUCACGAUACAAAGACAUAUGUAUGCAAAUUUAUGAGUUUUGUCUAUUAGUCUAAUAAAUUGUUCCUAUUUUGUAAGUACAUACAA